UUUUUUAUUUUUACGUCCGGCAACAUUUGCACUAAAUUGACACCCGAACGGUGAGGUAGGCUCUUUUUCUGUUUUCAGUCCUUAUUUAUCGUGAAAAUUACGCGAAUUUCUGGAUAAUUUGCUGCCGAUUACUCUACUUUAAUGCCUAAAUUUUACUGAGGGCAGCGUAUAGCAGAGGGCUGUAUUGGCGCACUGUGAACAACAGCGAUGGUAAUGGAGGCGUCCCCGUCACCGCAGAGCGUCGGUCGCGAGUUUGUGCGGCAGUACUACACGCUACUCAACAAGGCGCCGGCCCACCUGCACAGAUUCUACAAUAACUACUCGUCGUUCGUGCACGGCGGGCUGGACGCGCCCAACCGCGAGACCCUGCCCGUGGUCGGACAGAAGCAGAUCCACAACCGCAUCCAGCAGCUCAACUUCCGCGACUGCCAUGCCAAGAUCAGCCAGGUGGACGCGCAAGCCACGCUGGGCAACGGCGUGGUGGUGCAGGUGACGGGCGAGCUGUCCAACGGCGGCGCCCCCAUGCGCCGCUUCACGCAGACCUUCGUGCUGGCCGCGCAGUCGCCCAAGAAGUACUACGUGCACAACGACAUCUUCCGCUACCAGGACAUAGUGUUCUCGGACGAGGAGGGCUCGGGCUCGGGCCGCUCGGAGGGCGAGGAGGAGGAGGCGGGGGGCGUGGUGGCGGCACCCGCCUACUUCCCAGUGGCGCCGCCCGCCUCCGCCUUCCCUGCCGCCGCCUUCCCCGCGCCGCCCGCGCCUCCCGCGCCCGCGCCGCACCUCAACGGCCACCCGCCGCCGCGCGACCAUCUCGUCGCCGCGCUGCAAGCUAGCGGCAUAUCGAGCGAGCCGGAGGCCGAGCCGGUGACGGCGGCGUCGCCCCCCGCGCCGGCGCCGGCGGCCGCGCCGGUCGCCGGGCGCGGGCGCCGGCCUGGCGCCGCCGGGCUGGGCGCGGCGCCCGCGGCCCCGGCGCCGGCGCCUGCGCCCGAGCCGGUGCCCGAGCCCGAACCCGAGCGCGAGCCCACGCCACCGCCGAACCCACCGGUGGCGCCUGAGCCGAAGACGUACGCCAACUUGCUGAAGUCGGGCCCGGCGGCCGCCGCCCGUGUGUCGCCGCCCGCGCCGCCCGCCGACCCGCGCCCGCGCCCGCCGCCCGUCGGUACGAAUCGGUCGCCUAACGCCGCGGUGUGUGCAGCGGCGGAGGGCCCGCGGCGCUACUCGGACGCGCAGCAGCUGUUCCUGGGCAACCUGCCGCACUGCGCCACGGAGGAGGAGCUGCGGGCGCUGUUCGCGCGCUUCGGGCCCGUGGCCGAGCUGCGCGUGCACUCCAAGCCCGCGGCGCCCGGAGCCCCGCGACACCCCAACUACGGCUUCAUCACCUACGAGACCUCGCAGGCCGCGCACGACUGCCUCAACGCCGCGCCGCUGUACUUCCCGGCGGACGCGGCGGACGGCGUGAAGCUGAACGUGGAGGAGAAGAAGACGCGCGGGCGCGAGGCGGCGCGGCGCCGGCCGCAGUCGCAGCACCGCGCCUUCGCGCCGCGCCAGCCCUACCGCCGCUAGCGCCGCACUAGAUAGUCAAUUGAUCGCCCGAGCGCGGCCAGAACCCCGCGCGACACCUAUUUUUGUACAUUUGAUUUGUUCCGCGUCCCCCCGAUAUUUGCAUUCUGUGAUUUCACAGCCUACGUAGCUAGUCCGUGGGAUCUUCGCUUUGAUUCGACGAAAUUAGGUCAUCGUCCUCGCCACAGAUCGCGUCGCCGACCGUCGCGUCCCUCUUCAUCUAUGUAAGAUACGCUAAGCUUCUAUGAUAUGUUUCGUUUUAAUUCGAUAUUGAAUGUGAAUUUAAGUUAUUGAACUUGUCGCGAGGCCGCCCGGCACUCGCGACGCUGCACUUAUGCGCUCGUGUCAACAUGCAUAAUUCUAACGUCAACAUUUGUUCCCUCUCCGGCCGCCGGCCGAGCGCGGCCCGCCGGGCGGAGCCGGGGCCCGGGGCCCGAGCUCGGGGCCCGGGGCCGGGGCCCGAGCUUGGGGCCCGGGGCCGGGGCCCGGCGGGCGGCUCGGUCGAGUUCGGUAUAAUGUUAGUGAGUAGCGGCGCGUCCGACUCGCGUCUGGGCGCGACACCGAACGAUAAAUAGAAAAAAAAUACAUAUGAGUGUAAAUAGUUGUUAGGUUUUAUGUUAGGCGGUGCCGCGCCGGCACCCGCCGCGUCGCCGACUUUACGAAAUAAUAAAUUCUAGACUAGCUCCAAAAAUCUUUCCAGAACUAUAAAUAACGUAUUUUGUAUUUAAAAUAAAAUGUAUGUUAUUGUAUCGAUUCGCUAAAACGAUAUUGAUGCAGAUGUUCUUAUGCAUUUACUUAGGUCUGUAUUGAAGUAAUUAUGUGACGGAUGUUGGGCGCAGUAGAGUCGCAGCGGCCAGGUCGCCGCCACGUCCGCACCGCAUCGCCCAUGCCUACACUACUGUGUACCAACAUCGAUAACGAUUUGAAACUGUAUUAUAUUCUAAUAUUAUUAAUAUUAGUUAAAAAAGAAAACUAAAAAAAAAUGGCAGUGACUGUAUUUUUUAUUUAGUUUUUCAUCGAUUUUUUUUAACUGUACUACUAAUAUGUCGUAAGUACAUUGUUUUUCUAUUGAGUUGUGAAGUAUGUGGUGUUGCCACAUACUGGACAAAAUUUCGUGUACUUAUUUAUUGUAAAUAAUAUUCGAGAGUCUCUUUACACUGUAGAAGGACGGACAUCGCGUUUGUAUCGCAUCGAGCGCGGCUUGCGCCGGUGACGCCGACACACACACACACACACACACACACACACACACACACACACACACACACACACACUCAGGUCGGCUACUACAGUUUGGUAAAUUCGUUAUUGACACUCCCACAUCCUUGUACACUCCGGGGGUGAUUACAUUAGCACGGGACGUGGCAUCUGAUGGAAUCGUAGUUGUAAGGAAUGGAUUCAAAUUAACAUUUCCGCAAAUUCAAUAUUUGAUUAUAGUAUUGAACCCGUGAGAAUAUUUUUUUUUUGCUUAUUUUAUUGUAAUAUUUUUCGUCAUCAACAAUAUUAGGGAUACAUUUUUGCCGGCACUGGGAACAAUUCGGUGCCCUUACUAUUUACAGUAACGUCCACUGCAUAACCGCGUAGACUUUGGGAGCGUUAUUAACGAAUUGCCAACAUGAGAAUGUCUUCAAUGACAUGUCGGCUUGUACGGCCAACAUGUUCCCUACUAUUCCUGUGAGGUCGGUCGUCAUUGUCGGAACGCCGCCGGCUCCAUCCAUAGUACAUGUCAGCUACAAUAAUUUAUAUAUAUUUAAUGUAAACCAUAGUAAUAUCAUCGUUUGUUAACCGUGCUUUGCACUUUGUAAGCCAGCGAAGAGACGUGAUUCAGCGGUGACUUUUAAAGUUCCUUAUUUAUAUUAAACCCAUUCGCUCAGUUUACCUAUUUUUGCAAAAUAUGGUCCUUUUUUGUUAAACUUCACUUUCUUUUGCUUCCAUACAAAGAAAUGAAAGUUAGAAAGUUAAACAGGAUUUAUGAUGGGCAUGGCUUUAUUAUGAAUAAGACGGCAAAUGCAUGAUUUGAACACGAUUGUGCUGCCUUACAAGGUGUGCGGCUGUCACUGCCACCCGCGUGCAGGCGGACACACCCCGGCAGCGCCUGCACGAGCCGCGAGUUGUACACCGAUGUCGGUCCGCGAGUGGGCAGGCCCGCUCCUAUCUUACUCUACGUCACACAUUUGCUUGUAAACGUUGCCUUCACACUUCAUUACGCGAGCCCUAAAUCUACACCUUUUGCCCUAUGGAACAGCGUUUACAAAUAAAUGAUGCGCAAAUCUGUAAACAAAAUUUAGAUCCUACAAUCACGGUACUACCAUUAUUCGAAGGUACCUUUCGAGUAGAUCCGUAGCGCUCAUAGUCAGUGCUACAUUACCAUGACAAAUGUUCUGCACAUUAGCCGAUGCGUCACCGACGACGAAGCCUGGCACAGAGCGUUGUAACUCUGACUGAACUCCCACGGGCACCUAGUAGUAGUACGCAUGUAAUGGGGUCUAAAGUUUGUGCGGUACAGUGUUGUUCAGUAACUAUGUAUGAAGCGCGGCGGCAGCAGGCGGCGCGGGCGCUCGCCCCUCGCCGCGCCGCUCGCGCUGCCCUCUCUAAUAGAGAUGUACUUUUUGUAACA